AUGGAUAUUGAUCGAACAAAAAUUAAAUUGGCCCGGCACAACGCCGGUGUAUAUGGCUGUGCCGAAAACGUCAGAUUUUUAUACCGGACCGAGUGGUCAACAGGCAAAUGUAGUGGUCACGUCGCCCCCGUAGCUCCCCAGUACCUCCGCCUGGACUCGUACAGCCCGUCGGUCUUGUGCGAGGCUUACGGGGGCGGCGAAGCCAUCGUGCGGAUUGCGAAAUCGAUGGCACCGAAGUUGGCCCUACAUUUGCCCAGAACGGUUGAUAAAUCCGAG